AUGAGGAUAUACCAAAGAUUGAAAUCGUUGACUCGAAGACUUUCAGUAAUCAACAUUAAGGAGAGCAUCCAUACUCUUUUUCUUUCACUUAGUUUUAUCCUACUGAAUUUUUAUAGCAAGAUUUUAAUGAGAUAUGUACGCGUCAGGCGCUAUUUUGGAGAACUAGGGCUAUUCCUUUUUAACUUCAAUAAAACCCUGAACCACUUUUAUGCACUCUCUUCUAAACCCAGACGCCUGCCGCGCUUCUCCUGGUACUUCCCUUUAUGUUCUCAGCAAAUAAUUAAUCAGGGUUGCAUACACUUGGUAGCUGAAUUUAAGGAGACUAUGGAUGUUUCCAGUGAAGCACGUUACAAACCACCACCUGAGUUUGAGGAGGACAAAAAAGAUCCACUUGUUGAACUCAAUUUAACGGACUCAACAGAGCUAUGGCUCAUUCAGUGGCCCAUUAAUCAUGCUUCUGAUUUUGACGGGCAAGAACUGUCAUUGAAGCUUCACCAUGAUGGACAUUUGGGCAGUUUUGAAGGUUCUUCUGGAAAAUCAUAUGAAGUGGUUAGUUUCAAAUUCCAGGAUCCUGAGGCAACUGUUUUCUUAUCUUCGGCAUCAGAGUCAAAAAUCGCUGGGAAGAUCUCAAGGCGUGUAUCUCUUAUCCAUUACCCUGAACCUGGUGAACUCCAAAAGCACAAUAACAGUAACUUGAAAGAGAUGUCUCAGAGGUCUUCUGCAGCUACUUCAACAAUGUCGGGUCGUCACUUUGCAACUCCUCGAAGUUCUCGGCAAAGAAGCUCUCAAAUAAUGAGUGGUUAUGUUUCCUCCGCGCCUAGUAAAAACAAGAGUUCCAUGUCUGGUCAUGGGGAGUCUCCAAAGCCUCCAAAGAGAGGACGUGUUGAUGAGCAGAGUAAGUCCAUUGGUCAGUCUGCCCAAGAUUCAGGAAGAGGAAAUAGUGCAGUUACCUCGACUGGAUCCUUGGAGCAUUCUGACAAAAGAAAAUCAAAGAAGCAAAAGAAAAGUGAGGUUUGAAGUGUUGUAUGCUCAAGUAGUUAUAACAUACUGUCAUACCUUAGUACACUGGAUAUUCAUCUUUAUAAUAUGUUGUGCAUCUUUUACUCUAAAUUUGGAAGUUCCAACUCGAGAAAAUUUUGUUCUUUGCUUCAUUUUUGGGAUCAUUUGUUGAGUUU